CAGAGACGGAAAACUACCAGCCUGAAGAGAGGAGAGGAAACAAAUCCACUGCCAAAAAAACAGAAAAGAAGAGAGUUGGUGCCGAUUGUCCUCGUUAGACGUGAGCCAGUUGUUUUUUUCCCCAGUAAACGUGGAUUUUUAUAGAUACUUUGGACACUUUGGAGUUUGUUUCUCUACCUUUUGGCAUUAACAAGGUGUGAGUGAGAAAAGUGGGACGGUCAAAGUAAUGGGAAGAGCUGCAGUGUUCUCCAUGUAUGGACUCCAACUCUGUUCAUAUGGUAAAUAGAGGGUUACAUGGAGCAGUAGUCUUGGAGCAGUGGGGGGAAAAGGGAGGGAAAGGAACAAGGGAGAGAGAGUGAAGAGAUACACUACAGGACUUUGGCCUGCUUCAUGUGCAGGAGGCAGGACUUUCACACUGAGUUUAGAGGAUACUGGAUCACACUACAAAGAGAGAGGAAACAAAAGAGUUGUAGUGAGUGCCAUGCUGUGAAUGAACUGAAGUCCUAGUUUUCUUCAAUGGGGUUUUCCAGUCUUUCACUUGACUACCUUUGAUUUUUCUUUCACUUCCCUGUGGGUCUGAAAGUUCACCUAGUGCCUUCCUGGCUGUCAUCACCACUUCAUACUUUUGUUUCCGGAUAAUUGAAAAGCCAAGAUGCCCACCAACUUCACUGUGGUGCCAGUGGAGGAUGCAGAGGAUGGCGGCACUGGUACAUCUGCAGCUGGAGGCAGCAAACCUGCCAGUUUGGGCAACAUUUUUGGGGAGGAAGAGGAUGAGGACAACUUACAAGAACACCAUUCAGGAGAUGAAAGUCUAAGAGAGUCAUUCAUCAACUCAGACAGUGACAGAGAACACUAUUAUGAAGGCAAGAACAUGGCCCUAUUUGAGGAGGAAAUGGAUAGUACCCCCAUGGUAUCAUCUCUUCUUAACAAGCUGGCCAACUACAACCUGACCCAGGGUGUUCGAGACAUGAGGAGGCCGACAAUAACUAUGUCUGUGGUGUGGGAGGUUGGGUUUGUGCUCCAGCUGGAGGUGGAGAGUGGAGGUGUUUGUUCAUUUGUGGCAACUGGAGCACCUUCUGCUGAGGGUGUUAAACCUGACGAAGAUAAAGCUGCUGCUCAU